GUUGCUCCACGGCAUGUGGCAUCUUCCCAGACCCGGGCUUGAACCUGUAUUCCCUCCAUUGGUAGGCGGAUUCUUAACCACUGCACCACCAUGGAAGUCCUGAGUUGUGUGAUCUUUUUCAGUGUUGAUCUGAUGUUCAUCCCAUACUGUGUGUUUUUGCAUUUCAGAUAUUUAUACCAUCUCUAGAAGUUCCAUUUAGGUCUUUUUAUAGCUUCCAUUUCUCAUUAUGCUCAUGUUUCCCUCUACUUUCCUGAAUUUAUGAAGCAUGUUUAUAAUAUCUGUUUUAUUGUCCUUGUCCGAUAAUUCCUUUAUAUCUGUCACUUCUAGGUCAGUUGCUAUUGAUUGCUUUUUCUUAUGGUCAUAAGUCAUAUUUUCUUCUGUUUUCACAUGCCUGGUAUAGCAGUUGUCAAUCCACCCUUCAUUGCCGGCUUGUGAUGCUGGAACAUUCCUCCCUUGCCAGCUAGCCUGAUACUAACCUUUGUCAGUGGAGGGCGCUGGAGGAGAAAGGGCCUGUCAUUCUGGUUCUUUGUGCUUUGCUCAUUCCUGUUUUGUGACAUUAGCUCACCCCCGGUGAAUUUCUGUGGCACCUUCUCAGGCAGCUUCCUAGCUGCAAAUUCAGCAGCACUGGCCUGGGUGCCAGCGAUGAGGCUCUUUAUAUAUUUGGAAGGGGGUAGGCACUUGCAUGGAACCCAGGCAAGUUCCAUGGGUAACCCAGCUGGCCUCCUGGCAGCUCUCUAGUGAGUUCAUCAGCACCUCCACCCUGGUGACUUCCUAGCACUCUCUGCAGACAGCUUCCCAGCUAAUUCUGUUGGCACCCUCUCAGGUGGCUUUCAGUUCCCAGCCUUGGCCUGGGACAGCCCAGUAAACUUCACCAUCCAGUGAGCUGUGAUCUCGCAGCUCUGAGUCGUUCUCUUGUAUACUUCCCUUCACCCUAGGGUAUUCUGUAGGGUUCUCUUUUGGUUCCUUUUAGUUAAUUCCCUCUAAAUAGUUAAUUCUUUAUAAUAAACUUCCCUUGUUUAAAAUAUCAUGUGGUAUCUGUCCCCUGGCUGUACCCUGAUCGAUAGACCUGGCAAUUUCCUUACUGGCUACUAGACAUUGUAAAUUUAUGUUGUUGGUUGCUGGGUUUUGUUGUAUUCCUUCAAAUAGUAUUAAUCUUGGUAUGGCACCCAGUUAAGUUCCUUGGCAUCAGUUGAUCCUUUAGAGGAUUGCUCCCGAGCUGAGUUAGGGUAGUCCAGAGCUGCCUUUGGUCUACAGCUAAUUUAGCCUCAUUACUAGGGGUGAUGCCCGUCUGAGGAUUCUACCCAAUACCCUGUGAAUGAGGAAGUCUUUCCAUGGUGGCUUGUGGGAACACAGUUUAUUCCCUUCCUGUGUGAGCUCUGGGGAUUGUUCUGUCUGCUCCUUUCCAGGGGUUCUUGCCCCAGCCUCCUCACAUAGUUUUUCUUACACAGGUACAGACUUGUCCUUAGCUGAAGACAUGAGGGAAUCCUCUUCGGAUCCUGGAGCUCUGCUUUCUGUACAGCCCCCUGCUCCCCAACAUUUUGCUGUACACAUUCUAGCCACCUGGGCCUCCCUGACCUCCUCAGUGUCUCGUGCACUCAGGAGACAGCCAGGUCUGAGUUUCCCUUCCCUGCACUGUAGCCUAGAAACUGCUUCAGCUAUGGCUGGUCAGUCAUAGGGCCCAGAGUUCCCUGGCGGUCCAGUGGUUAGGACUUGGCGCUGUCAUUGCUGUGGGCCCAGGUUCAGUCCUGGUCGGGGAACUAAGAUCCCACAAGCUGCACGGUGCAACACCGCCCCCCUCCCCCCUGCCACAAACACACAAAAAUCAUAGGACCUAGUGUGUUGGUGUCCCUUCUCCCUGGGAUCACUGUCCUGUACUUAUCCAGUGACUGAAAACCAUCACAUCAUCUCUUGUCCAGCUUUCUUGUUGUUUAGGGCCCCUGUUACUCCAUCUUGAAUGAGUGAAUAAACACACAAACAAAUGAAACAGCCUGAUGAAAUUUCAGGACAAGUUGGUGCCCUGUAGCUAAGUUGACUGACAUUAUUAACGCUCCCUUUUUUCUUCUUUUUAAACCAGUCACGUGUGAAUGGGAGCAGCAAGAUGGCACAGGCUGUGAGGGAGUGACAUGGUGGCAGUCUGGAGUUGGCUCCCCAGCAAAUUUGCAUCUUACCAGCUUUCUGCACUGUGUCAUUUGUGGGCUGAGGCACCUGCGAAGAUCACUGCCUCCUCACAGGAGCCCAAGUGAGGAAACAGCCAAUCACCAAUGCAUUUGUGUAGGCCUCCUCUAUGGCCUGCUACAACUUCAGCAGUCUUUGGACGAUGGGGAGCCAGACCGACAAGGCACCUGCCUCAGGCCACUCUGGCCUUGGCCAGAGGACCAGGUGGGAGGGCGCUGGACUGGGCUCAUUCCUGGCAUCCUGAGGUCAUCGCUGCUCCUGCCUGAGGCCCUGUCCCUUGACUGGUGGCUGUGCUUUUAUGCAGGCCCUGGGGAAGAGAAUCUGGAAAGCCAGCCUCACAGGUAAGUGGACAUGUUUUCUAAGCUGGUAUAGAAGUGGGGUGAGAUCCAGUGCCAUUCCCCAGAGCCCAACGAUUCCUGAGGAGGCAGAGGUCUCUGCGGCUGCCUUUCCUGUUCUCCUGGGGGCACAUUCUCUUUUAGUAGCUGGGAAUCUACAUGCCUCAGGCCCCCUCACUGGGGCAGUGUCUGGACCUUUGGGUAGAGAAGUGGGGGCAGGGCCCUAUGUCUGCCCACAUUUGGCAGGCCCUUUGGGGAGCCCUCACUCUGGGGGGGGGGGCCUGGGCAGGACAAGCACAGCACCCUUCCCUCACAGCAGGCCCGAUGAGGUGACUGCCCUGGAGGCUGGGUAGGGGGAAGCUGAGGUGUGGGGGAAGAAUGGUUCAGUGGGAGCCUUUCUCCUCACAUGACUGAGCCCCCCCACAGGCUCUCACUGCACGUGUCCCCACCCCCAAGAGAAACUGAGUUAUAGGAACAUUACAGCUCACAGCUUCCCAUGGUAGUGGGGGGCAGGGAGAAGUACCCAGGGGAGCUCAGGGACUGUGGUCUUCUCCUCACUGGUGGGGCCACAUUGCACAAUGUCCUAUACUCUGAGGUCCAGAGAUGCUUAGAUAAUGGAGGGUGAGCAGAGGCUGAUGACUAGUAGGCACGGUGACCAGGGGAGGUGGGGAAGACAUGGUACCAGCCUUCCCUAGCUACUCAUCCAGGAAGGAGUAGGCAGAGUUGGAAGGACACACUGCACUUGGGACUCAGGUCUGAGGGUCUGUGGUGAGAGCUGUGGUGGCUACUGCAUCAUGGGGCUGUACCAUACACGGGCAUCGGCCCCUGGGGCCAUAGAUCCUUGUGAGAGUCCUGCUGGGCUCCGGCUCAGGCAUGGGCAGCCCCCUCCUCUCCAUGGAGAUGGGCCCGUACCACUUCCUCUCUAGAGUCAAUCCUCAGCCUUUGCCUGGGAAUUCCAUGACAGGGCAGAGUUGUUCUGAGCUCUCUGCUAUCUGGCUGCGCUUUACCUGAGUAUCGUUCUGACGGCCACUUACCCCACGGGAAGCCUCCUUCCCUCUGCUCCCCUCCUGUUAGGAGCUGUAACUUUGGUGCUCCCUUAUCACUCUUGGUUACGUGUCUCCAUCCCACCAGGAUUUGGGAUGUGGAGGCUGAGGAGCCUGGGCCAGUGGCAGAAGCCUGUUCCUUUACUUAGUCAUCAGGGAGGACCAAGUCGGGCUCCUCUUAUGUGAGAUGCUCACACUUAAAUGGGCACAACCAGAGCAGCUGAAGAGGUUGGAGCAUCUAAAGACAUUGUUCUGCCAAGAAAGUCCCUGCCUGACAUUCAUCUUUUCAUUCAGCAAGUAGUUGGUGAGCACCUGCUAUGGGUCAGGCCUUGUUUAGGUGCUGCUACAUAAGCCCCAGCUCUUGUGGGACUUAAUAAGUCCAGUGGGAUGAGACUGACCAUACAUUGUAUGUUAGAUGUGAUUGUUGGGCAAGAAAAAAUAAGCAGGGUAAAGGAGAUAGAACAGUGGGACAAAACCUGCUACUAAGUAGGAUGCUAUGGUAGGGUGACAUCUGGGCAGAGGCUCAAGUCAAGGGAGGGACAAACCAUGUAGCCAUCUGGAGGCAGAGUGCUCAGGUAGAACAGUGCAAAGGCCCUGAGGCAGGAUCCCCUUUGGGAAACAUUGUUGAAACUGUCAAUGUGAAAUAAACUAUAGUGUCUAUAGAUAAGCCACGUGUCGGGUCCUGGGCAGGAAGCACAGCAGGUACUUACAGUUCUCAGAAACCAGCAUUGCCCAUCUGGCUAAGGGUGCAGAGUCCCCAGAAAGGAAACAGGCCUGGAGCUGGCAGUCUGCAGGCCCCAAGGCUUCUUCUCUAGGAUUGAGAUAGUAAACCUGAGCUGAGGACAGAUGCUCCAUUCUCUGAGGAGCUGUAGAACAAUUUAUGGAAUAUAGAAUUGCUAUGUCCUGGCACUACGCCAUCUUCACUUUUAGGAGUGGGCUGAUGAGAACAAAUGCUGUGGGUUUCAGACAGGAUAUGGAGAUCUUCAGUCCCAGAGACUCUUGGUGGGGCAGGAAGGGAUUGUCUGUUUCCCUUCUGGCCGCCUCUUAUUGGGUGGAAUACCUCUGCACAGGACAUUUAUAGCUCAGAGAUGUCCACACGGCCUGCUAGUUGGACCAGCUUGCCUAGUUAUCAACCGUAUCCUCUCCAGCGCUCUGCUUCAGUGACUCAUUCCAGGUAAUGAAAACAGACUGCUUCUGGCAAUGGAGUAGCUUACGGCAGACCAGUGCCUGAUGAGGACUCAAGGAACUGACCAUAAUUCAGAAAGCAUCUGCUUGUAGGACUGGAGCACUACCCCAGCACCUGCAACUCAGAGGGGAGCUUGAAGAGGGGAGAGAACCGACACAGAAGAGAAGGCAAUAUAAUGAUGGAGGCAGAGACUGAAGUGAUGCAGCCAUAAGCGAAGGAACACCCGGAGCCUCCAGAAGCUGAAGAGGCAGGAAGGGUCUCCCCCAGCACCUCCAGAGCGUGUGCAGCCCUGCCACACCUUGUUUCAGCUCAGUGAAAUGGAUUUUGGACUCUGGACUCUAAGAUUAUUAAAUAAGUUUCUGUAGUUUCAAGCCACCAAGUUUGUGCUGACUUGUUACAGCAGCCACAGGUAAUGAACAUAAAUGGGAAAGCCAAGGAUUCCAAAUGAAAUGACUGGACCCAUGGCCUGGCAUGGACCCUCAGCUGCUGCCUGACAGUGUCCUUAUGACCCAGCCACUCCUGUCACCUGUGCGUGAAAUGCACAGGCUCUCCACAGGAAGGUUUCCUGCUGCCUUGCUGGCAAGUGAGGUGGACUCUGCAGCCCCUGCCCCUCCCUGGUGCCCGCAGCCCUGCAGCCCCCAAUGCUGCAUCUCAUGUGCGCCCUGUUGAGAGCCCCAACUCCUGGCCAGGGUGCUUGCAGCCGUCACAACUGAAGGAUUAGGAAGCAGGGGUUGGAGUUGGUGAGAGAUGGGGUCCUGGGAGAGCAGCCACCAUGGGCUCCAUUUGCAACAUGGAAUGUCUGGCUUUGGCUGCUAGCUCCAAGGUCACCUCAAGUCCUGCAGCCAGGAGUAGCCAGGACCCUGCCCUCCAGUGCAUCUGCUCCCCACCCCUGGGAGAGCAACUUGUGCAAAGGACACAGAGCCUUUGGCUGUUUUUUUUGUUUUGUUUUUUUUUUUUUUACUUUUUAAAACCAAGGGCAAACAUCAGGUGCUCUUUACAGCAGGAAGGACCUGUACCUUUUGAAAUAAACACAUGCCAGCUACCCACCUGCUAGGAAAGCCCCACAGGCAGCACUAUUGUUCUGUGUCCUCCAGGUGAUGCCCUGGGAAAGGUCACAGCUGCCUAAACCUUUAAAACCCCAGGUGGGACGAACAUUCCCUGUGUGAGGAUUUGGAGCUGCAGCAGCUCACAGUUGUGUUUCUUAACACUUUGUGAAUUUUUUUCUUAAAGCAGUGAAAGGAGAAAAUUGGUACCGAAGAGUAUCAAUUCUUGAUUCUUGGCAGAAUUCCUGUUGUCUUUGUGAAAGUCAAGUUUCAGGUGAGUGUGCCUGGUGCCCCAAGGGCUGUGUGACCCGUGGCCUGUGGAAGGUGGGUACCAGGCCCAUAAGCCCCGUGGAGUCCCUCUUGGUGACCGUGGCCACCCUGGGAAGAGCCCUGGCCAAUCCCAGAGGGGAGGGCGGCUGGAGCGGGGAGGGCGGUGAGCUGGUGCCCCACCCACAGUGUCAGGGGCUUCCUAGGCUGGCGACCCUCACAGGGGCUCAUCUGCUGGCAGGUGAGGAGUGAGAAGAUCCAGCGCCUGUUACUUGGCGCUUGGUGUCUGGCUCUCUGCAUGCUGGUGAGAGGGCUCAGAGGCUCACCCUGGCCUGCUCGGCAUAGCCCACAAAGACAGGGUUUACUCAGCCUUGGGCUCUACCAGUUCUGCGCAGCUGGACUCAGGGAGGCCAGAGUGCUGAGUCUGCCAACCUCAGGCCCACAUGUGAACAUUUCUCCUCAUCCAGAAUGAGGGGUGCCAGGCUGAUGGGGGUGCUACUCACCCUGGCUGGCCUGCUGCAGCAGACCCUGUCCCUGAGAAUAGCAGCCUUCAACAUCCAGACUUUCGGGGAGACCAAGAUGUCCAAUGCUACCCUCUCCAACUACAUUGUACAGAUCCUGAGUCGCUAUGAUAUCGCCCUCAUCCAGGAGGUCAGAGACAACCACCUGACGGCCGUAGGGAGGCUGCUGGACAAACUCAACCAGGAUGACCCAAACACCUAUCACUUUGUGGUCAGUGAGCCGCUGGGACGCAACAGCUAUAAGGAGCGCUACCUCUUCCUGUUCAGACCCGACCAGGUUUCCGUGCUGGACAGCUACCAGUACGAUGAUGGCUGUGAGCCCUGUGGGAAUGACAGCUUCAGCCGAGAGCCAGCUGUGGUCAAGUUCUCCUCCCCCUUCACACAGAUCAAGGAGUUUGCCAUUGUUCCCCUGCAUGCGGCCCCAUCGGAUGCGGUGGCUGAGAUCGACUCUCUCUAUGAUGUCUACCUGGAUGUCUGGCAGAAGUGGGACUUGGAGGACAUCAUAUUGAUGGGUGAUUUCAAUGCUGGCUGCAGCUACGUGACCCCCUCGCAGUGGUCAUCCAUCCGCCUGCGCAGGAGCCCCCCCUUCCAGUGGCUGAUUCCUGACACUGCCGACACCACCGUUACAUCCACGCACUGUGCCUACGACAGGAUCGUGGUUGCAGGACCUCUGCUCCAAGAUGCUGUGGUUCCCAACUCAGCUGCUCCCUUUGACUUCCAAGCUGCAUACGGAUUGAGUGACCAGAUGGCCCUAGCCAUCAGCGACCAUUACCCGGUGGAGGUGAUGCUGAAGAGAGCCUGACGUGAGUGGGGCCUGGCCAGCGACCUCCGCUCUGCAGCCUGUCGCCAAGAACUGAGACGACACAGCCAAAGGCUAGGGAAACCAGUUUAGGUUUAGGAAACCAGUGCCUGGUCCUGAGUGCUCCUGCCCCUCCCCACCACCGUGGCAGCUGGAAUUAGAGGAAGGUAGGCUUUUCCUCACUGUACCCGCUUCCAUUGUAAGCUUGGAGGUUGUGUCACCAGAGCACCCCAGUCUGGACAAAAACUCUAAGAAUACAUUUUAAGUGAAUAAAGCUCAAAAGUAGG